UCAGCUACCUUACAGCAAGUAAGAGGCUGUAAAUGCAUGUAUCAUACCUUUGUGUCGGCUAAAAACGCUAGCAGGUGUACGACCCAACGUGCCUACCUUCUGGACCCCUCGUACAAGGUAAUGGGUAUAAACUUCAUAGGUGGGGUAUAAAAGCAAUUGAAGUUGCGCGAUCGUUUCUCAGAGCGUUUCUCGCACAUCACCCACCGAAACAAUGGGCACUCCCCUUCAUCACGCGACUGUGUCGACCUACGUUUACAAAACCACGAAUGGUCUUACUCUGUCUCUGGACGUGUGGCGACCCACACCACCUGCAAAUUCCACCUCCAACGAUGAUGCCAAUGUCGCCUUGGUACAUUUCCAUGGAGGUUUUCUGAUGGUCGGAGAAAAGACUACCUUUCCCCCCUACUGGUUAAUCAAUGCGUGCCUGCGCCGCGGCUGGACUUAUAUCACACCCGCAUACCGUCUCUUGCCCGAGACCCCUGGUUUAGACAUCAUCGACGAUGCACUCGACGCUGCGCAGUGGGUUGCGAAGAAUGUAUCUGAGCGUUUGGUGAUCGCAGGAUCUAGCGCCGGAGGCUUCUUAGCAUUGUCAGUCGCAACCAGGUUGAUCGAACCCAAACCUGUUGCAACUCUAUGCGUAUACGGCAUACUCGACCUGACUGCAGCGCGAUACACUAAUCCGGGUAAACCGGUUUUAGGAAGUCAACUCAUGCCUAACGUAAGCACAAUUCUCCAUGAGAUGGAAGCUGCGCGUGAUGGCGAUGAGCUGGACGGAUACGCCUUCCCCGAUGAUCUCUUGGCCGAUAAGCGUAUGUCUUGGAUAAAUGCUGCACAUCAAGAAGCGAUAUACCCAGACCUUUUAUCUAGAAGUCAAGGUCUCGCUGCGAUGAUACGCACUAGCGGACCCACAAGCAUACCCGAAGCUUAUCGCGCUCUGUUUCCAAGCACUUUCGGAGCGAGCAAGGAUAUGCCUCCGGUAGCAUUCCUACAUGGAGGGCAGGAUGACCUUGUCGACGCCAGUCAAAGUAUCCAAGUGUCAGAACACCUGCAACGGCUUGGCGUUGAUACUAUUUGUGCAGUGGUCCCAGGCAAAGGACAUGGCUUUGACGUAGAAAUAGCUGCGGAGGUUGAUGUCGAAGAAGCGCAGGGUGUUCACAACCCCGCGUAUACCGAACUGAAAAGUGUUCUCGGAUUUAUUGACAAUGCUGUUAGAGGUAGUAGUAAAUAGAUGUAUGUCAAGCGAGCUCGUUGACCAAGUCGACAGCUCUAUC